GAAUUGGCUUGCCAUUCCCAGUAGGCACCUAUAGCCUCUUGUGGUCUCGCUCCUGGUUGCACUUCAAUCUCCAAUCUUAUAUCUCAUUUUUGACACCGUCUAAUCUUCUUUAUUAUUAUUUUUUAACUAUUACUGUAAACAUCCCCACGUGCUACGAGCUGUGCGCAACAGUUGUUCAUACCAUUCCGCUCUAUUUCCGAAACCCUGGCAGGAAAUAUACGUCGCAGUCUCUCCUCUCAAGGAGGUCUGCUGAAUAGGAUGUUUGGUGGCAGCUCUAAUUCCUCGGGCGCCAAAUCCGACACCCCCGCGGCUACUGACCCCAUCUCCAAAUCCGACAUCCCUUCCGAAGAUUCCAAGACGUCUUCGUCCCCUGACGGCGCGCCGAAACUUCCCAACCAGGCCGCAAGCGGCGAAAAGCGAAGUGGAAAUGGCAGCCCUUCAGGUCGACAGAACUCUGACAACAGCGCCGCUGAGAAGAAACGUAGGAGUAGUGGUGUGGGAAGCAAAGCGAGCAACUUUAUAGCCAGCGCAAAAAAUACCCUCAACUUCCAGUCUAGCCGGUCUAACAGCGAUUCGUCUGCACGCACACCUUUGCAAAAGCUCGGCAAACAGGACCAAGCACUAGCCGUGCCACAAGGCCAACACAACAACUCGGCAGGCGAAUCGCUUCCCGGUCCGAGAUCUACUUUUCGCGUGGGUGUUUGGGAAGAUAGGAAUAAGAAAUGCCGACGUACCAUGGAAGAUACGCACGCUUUCUUGUACAAUUUCUUGCCUACACCUGCUCCUCUUCUGACCGGAGAUGCCACGGACAAGAUCUCAAAGAGGCCAAGCUCGUCAGAGGAUAACGACACCGAAUCGGCAUCUCAAGAUAUGAUUGAGACCGAUAAUGGAUAUUUCGCCAUUUUCGAUGGACAUGCUGGCACUUUUGCUGCUGACUGGUGUGGCAAAAAGCUUCACCUCGUCCUUGAAGACAUUAUCCGCCGCAAUCCCAACGCCCCUAUACCCGAACUUCUGGACCAGACCUUUACUAGCGUGGAUACGCAGUUGGAAAAGCUCCCGCUUAAGAACAGUGGAUGCACAGCGGCGAUCGCCGUUCUACGCUGGGAGGAUAGAGUUCCUAGUUCGAGCUCUGCUACCGGUUCCCAGGCCAUAGCGCCGGCCGCUGCAGUGGCCUCCAAGACUUCGGACACAUCAAAACCAAAGGAUAGUAAGUCCGAGGAUAACGGCAAGACCAUAACCAUCCCAGAAUCAACUCACGCAAGAUUAAAAGGUACCGCGACGCGACAACGAGUGCUCUACACAGCCAACGUAGGCGAUGCACGCAUCAUUCUGUGCCGGGCUGGCAAGGCAUUGCGGCUUUCUUACGAUCAUAAGGGAAGCGAUGAGAAUGAAGGAAAACGUAUCGCUAAUGCUGGGGGUUUGAUACUCAACAACCGGGUGAAUGGCGUACUAGCUGUGACGAGAGCGCUUGGAGACUCGUAUAUGAAGGAUCUUGUAACUGGUCAUCCUUAUACCACAGAGACAGUCAUUCAGCCUGAGUUAGAUGAGUUCAUCAUCAUUGCUUGUGACGGGCUCUGGGAUGUAUGUUCCGACCAGGAAGCAGUCGACCUCAUCCGUGACAAGCCGGAUCCUGUAGCCGCCUCUAAACUUCUCGUAGACCAUGCCCUCGCUCGUUUCAGCACUGACAAUCUAUCAUGUAUGAUCAUCCGAUUCGAUAAGGCUGCCCUACUCGACCAAAACAACAAGGACCGCCAUAUCGGGGUAGAAGGCGAUAGCACGGGCGAAAGUGGGAAAGUCAGUGAAGCGGACAAAAUCGUCAGCUCGACCAAGCAGAAAAUCGCCGAGGGCGACACACCGGCUGUGGGCAUCUCGGCGAGCAACAGUGGUCGCGGCCGCGAUCCGACACCCAUCGAUGACGGAGGGGAGACUUUCAAGCCUACGAUAAUCAAGGAAUCUGUCGAAGAAGAGCCUAGUUCUAUCGAGGAGGAAGGUGGCGAUACUCCUCCCGCUGCCAAGGAUAACGACACGGCUGAUGUCGAUGGUACCAAGACCGUCUCGGCGGAAAGAAUAUUGUAACCAUAGCCGUUCUUACAUGAAUUACAUGUUUUUGGUCCUUUUCAUGAAGCAAGGUGGGAUGGGUGAACGAUGAUGAUGACGAUUAUGCUAUGCUGUAUUAUUCAAGCUUUUCGGCUUAGGGUUUAGUUUACCUUACCUUACCUCUUUACCUCCUCUACCUAUCUACCUACCUACCUACCUUCUCCCAUUUUCCUCCAUUAUC